CCCUGGGCUUGGCCAGCUGCAAGCAAGCUGAGGCGCAGCAGCAGAGGCUAGAGCCCGUUGCCCAAGCACAAUUUCACAAAUCAAGGUCAAGGAUUAUUAUCAUUGAUAUCAAUCAGGGCCGCCAUUUUCCAAGGCGCAAGGCAGACCUAUCAGUGCAGGCAUCAGCAGGCACUUUGUUGUGCAAUUACUGAAUCGGAUGAGAACUUGGAAGCUUAUGUUUGAGUAGGACCCGUCGUUUGUGAUAGCAUUGCAAGCACGCACCGCCUGGAGCGCAGGCAUGAGGGGAAGGCCAAGCACUCAAGUUUCAACCUAAGUGCCUGACUGUUCUGGUCACAACGCUUGCACAUGGCACAGUGACCGGCCAUAUUUUUCUCCAACUUCUGCAAGCCACAGGCGCCAAGAUUGGGUUCCUAUUCAGAUGGUGUACAUAGAGUCAUGGGACGAGUUUGCGGAGAAAGCGGAGAUGCUCUUCCGGGCAGAGCCCUUGAGGACGCGAUACUGCGUAAAGUACCGGCACCGGGAGGGGUUACUUGUGCUCAAAGUGACCGAUGACAAAGUGUGCUUGAAGUUCAAGACAGAUCAGGCGCAGGACGCGAAAAAGAUGGAGAAGCUGAACACGCUCUUCUUUACUUUGAUGACAAAGGGCGAAAACGCACCCGCUCCGGAAGACGUUGUCAUGCCUGAUGUACAACAAGCUCCGCCCUCCAAGAAGGGCCGGGGCCGGAAGUGAUAGGAAUCAACUCGAACGGGGGGUAAAAAAGGGUGGGGGCACGAUAUAUGGCGUUUAGCUUCCUUACAACACCUGCCACCAAGAGCUGGGGAGAACAAUGGUCAAAGAGUCCUCUACAGCGCUUGUUGUAGCAAGCUUCAAUGAAGCUUCAUCGAACUUGUCCCAUUUUUUUUGUGAAGUCACGAAACAGGUCGAAAUCUGGAGAAGGAAAGCUCCAAUGUUCCGGCAACAAUUGCAAUCUAGCCUUUUUGAACUCAAGGACACGCAUUGAUCAGGUUCUUGAUUGAUUGAUAUGAGAUAAAGUCGACAACGAGUCAAGCAGGCGGACCGCAGGUCCCCAGCCCGCCAAAAUUAGAUCUGGUUACGCGUCACCAAUAGUACGGCAAGAAUUGAGCUCCACAGUUCAGAGCUUCCGAGAGAAGGCGUACAUUACAUAUGCACCUGAGUCAGUGAGACGGCCGCCCAAUGUACUUCUCCCAAGGCUUCUAGCCAGAUCUACCUAGCUUGGCAUUCGACAUGUAGUGACG